AUGUCUUCUGUCAGAAUAAGCACCAUGAAGACUGCCCUCAUCAUUUCUGUGGUUGUGCUGCUCACAGACUGUGCCAUAGGACCUCCUCGAGUGUCGACUAAAGUCACCCACCGACAGUCUGCGCGUCUGGGAAGUGCCAUCAAACUGAACUGCCCAGUUGAAGGCGACCCCCCUCCCCUCAUCAUGUGGACCAAAGACGGCCGUAACAUUCAUAGUGGUUGGGUCCGCUUUCGUUUCCUGCGGAUGGGACUCAAGAUCAAGGAGGUGGAGGCUGAUGACGCAGGGUCCUACAUCUGCAAAGCCACCAAUGGAUUUGGCAGUGUCAAUAUAAACUACACACUGAUUGUUAUUGAUGAUUCUGAUAGGACCACGUCAGAAAAAGCUGAUGGGACGCAGACUGAAGCAGAUGUGGAGCUGUCAGAGAAACUGGUUUGCCCACGCUUUUCCGAGCCCUCCAAAAUGAGAAAACGUGUGAUCGCCCGGCCCGUCGGCAGCUCAGUGCGACUGAAGUGCGCGGCCAGCGGGACCCCUCCGCCGGACAUCGAGUGGCUGAAAGACGAGCGGCCCCUGAGCGGACAGGAGGCGGGAGAGGGCCGGCUGAAGAGGUGGACCCUGAGCCUGCGGAACCUGAGCCCAGAGCACAGUGGUCAUUAUACAUGCCGCGUCCACAACCGCGCCGGGCAGAUCAACGCCACGUACAAACUGGAGGUCAUCGAGAGAACCAACUCCAAGCCCGUCCUGACCGGCACACACCCGGUCAACACUACAGUGAGCUACGGCGACACCACUUCUCUGCAGUGCAAAGUCCAGAGCGACGUCAAACCAGUCAUCCAGUGGCUCAAACGGGUGGAAACUGACGAGGAAAGCCGCUACAACUCCACCAUCGAAGUGGGAGAGCACAGAUUCACGGUGCUGCCUACGGGGGAGGUGUGGUCCCGGCCCGAUGGCUCCUACCUUAACAAGCUGCUCAUCUCCCGGGCCAAAGAGGAGGACGAGGGCAUGUACAUCUGUCUGGGGGCCAACACCAUGGGCUACAGCUUCCGGAGCGCCUUCCUCACUGUGCUACCAGAUAAAAAGGUCCCCAUCACCACCGUUUUCUCUGCAGCCCCCACCUCUCUGCCCUGGCCCGUGGUCAUAGGGAUUCCGGCUGGCAUUGUCUUCAUCUUUGGAACAGUUCUGCUCUGGUUCUGUCAAAGCAGGAAACGCUGUCCUCCUCCCACCAAUGCCCACCCCACAACUGGACAAGGACACAGCCAGAGGGCGCCCUACCGGGAGAGGGACCGGCUGUGUGUGAGUGCCCCCUCCUCAGGUCCAGAGAAGGACUGCAUCACUCCCAGGAACUAUGAGGAGUACCUGUCCCAGCAGCAGCUCCUCAUGAGCCAAACGACAAUCCCUCCAAAACUCUACCCCAAGCCUUACACGGAUAUACACACCCACACUCACUCCCACGUGGAGGGCAAAGUCCACCAGCACCAGCACAUCCACUUUCAGUGUUAG